AAUGAUCGUGAAUUGGGUGGAAAGUGUUGUUGACAGAAAUCUAGCUAGGAGCUUAGCAGAGGAGGUGUCAGUCUCCCAAAAAAAAAAGAGGUUGUUUGUGGGAGCCGCAGGACCUUCGCUGUUGUCGUCAGGUCACGACCCGCUAAGAUGGCAGAGCUAAGGCACCGUGGACCCAAAGACACCGACCCUACGGUUCAGCAGCAGCCGUCAGAAGACAAGGGCUCGGACAAUGAACUUAAGGCAGAAAAAGAUGGGGUGUCAGACAGUGAGUCCAAAGUGGACUCGGGCGUCCCAGAGGUGCCGGUCCCUGCUGACGACACCCCUGAGGUUUUAAAUAAGGCACUGUCUGGACUCUCUUCAAGAUGGAAGAACUGGUGGGUACGAGGCAUCUUAACACUAGCCAUGAUCUCCUUCUUCUUCUUCAUCAUCUACUUGGGCCCCAUGGUGCUUAUGAUGAUUGUCCUCUGUGUCCAGAUAAAAUGCUUCCAGGAAAUCAUCACCAUUGGUUACAGUGUGUACCACUCCUACGACCUGCCGUGGUUCAGGACACUGAGCUGGUACUUCCUGCUGUGUGUGAACUACUUCUUUUAUGGUGAAACCGUGACUGAUUAUUUCUUCACACUGGUUCAGAGGGAGGAGCCCCUUCGCAUCCUCAGCAAAUACCACCGCUUCAUCUCCUUCGCGCUCUACCUGACAGGUUUCUGUAUGUUUGUGCUGAGUUUGGUGAAGAAACAUUACCGCCUUCAGUUUUACAUGUUUGGUUGGACCCAUGUGACUCUCCUGAUCGUUGUGACCCAGUCUCACCUCAUCAUUCACAACCUGUUUGAGGGAAUGAUCUGGUUCAUUGUGCCCAUUUCUUGUGUGAUCUGUAAUGACAUCAUGGCCUACAUGUUUGGUUUCUUCUUUGGGCGAACCCCUCUUAUCAAGCUGUCGCCUAAGAAGACUUGGGAGGGCUUCAUCGGUGGAUUCUUCUCCACCAUUGUUUUUGGAAUCAUGCUCUCCUACGUCAUGGCUGGCUGUCGCUACUUUGUGUGUCCGGUGGAGUUCAACAACGACUCCAACAGCUUCCAGGUGGAUUGUGAGCCAUCAGAGCUGUUUCAGCUCCAGGACUACGCCCUGCCCAGUAUGCUGGAGUCUGUCACUGGUUGGACCACAGUGUGCCUGUAUCCAUUCCAGAUCCACAGCAUUGCCCUCUCCUCCUUUGCCUCCAUCGUGGGACCCUUCGGUGGCUUCUUUGCUAGCGGCUUCAAGAGAGCUUUCAAAAUCAAGGAUUUUGCAAACACCAUCCCAGGUCAUGGAGGCAUUAUGGACAGAUUUGACUGCCAGUACCUCAUGGCCACAUUUGUUAAUGUCUACAUUGCUAGCUUCAUUAGGGGCCCUAACCCCACCAAGGUGAUCCAGCAGCUCUUGGCCCUCCGUCCCGAUCAGCAGCUCUAUAUCUUCAAUUCCCUGAAGGCUCACCUGACCGAGAAAGGCCUGCUGCCAGCGCUGGAGGAGGCCGCUGCAGCUUAGAGCCUCCAACAAACACAGCUAGCUCGCCCUAAGAGGAGGGGAGAGACGGGAGAGGAGGUUAGCGGCACCCAGGGAGCCCCGCGCACCCCUGGAGCUCUGGGAAGACUCAGUGCUUUUGCGUGAGCGAGAACACAUCCAAGAAAAACAAACCGAAAACCACAAAAUCGACAGCCUUGGGUCAUUCCAUUUCAUGUGGGAGUCAUGCUUGUCUGUGUUCCUACAGUCUGUGAAUCAUGUUUCUGACACCAGUGUUUUCAGGUUGAGUUUGUGAAUUACUGUACUUUUACACAUUUCCAUUACCGUCAACCUCUAUCUAUUUACACUGUUAAACAAAAUGUUGGUUUGCUGUACAUUUCUACCUGUACACACAAUAUCCUCUAUAUAUACCUUAUUAUUAAUGUGUGUCGAUAUUUUAUUGUUCUUUUUUAUUAUUUCAAUGCACUGCUCUCAGCGCUGUUACUCACUGUAUUCUUACUUCUACUGCACCCUCCCUCUAAUUUAAGGGUAAUUUUCUUUAUUGUGAGUUUUUCUAUUUAUAAAUAGAUGUUUUUAUAUUUGGUAUGGUUCUAUUAUAUCUUAAUGUUGUCUUUUUUUCUUUCUUUUUAAAAAAAAUUCAGGCUAAAUUCACCAUUGCCAUCUGCCAUGUACAUUUUUUUUUUUUUUUUUUUUCUGCCAUUCAUCAAAGCCUCUCAUGCUUGGCCAAAUCUUUAAGACGUUAUUGUGCCGAAAUCAAAGGUGAAUGACUAAAUUAGACUUGAAGGGGACCUCUAAUGCUUUGUUCCAGCUCUCCACUUUUGUUCUUGGAUGGUACCAGAGGAGCUUUGCGUGAUUCACAAUUCCUUAUUUGUCCUACCCCGGGCCUUGGUGCAGCUCCUCAGUUCAUCCUCGGAAACGAGUUGUUUCAGCUUCCUUCCCUUUUAAACUUUCUUCUGAUUGGCCGCCGCGCAUAAACAGACUUGAUAUCACACAGAGCCAAGAAUAGGGGGGGAAAAUAAGCUUUCUAAAGCCAGACAGCUCCCAGAGAUUGCACAUGCACCGACCUCAUGUUUGAAAGGUUAGCCAUGGUUGUUAAUAUGAGCGUCCACCAUUUUGUGUGUGUGUGUGUGUGUGUGUGUGUGUGUGUGUGUGUGUGUUAACAAAUAAAGGAAAGCAGCACAGGUCCACCUUAGGUCCAUCAAGUCUUUGAGUUCAGCUAUUGGUGGUUUUGUGUUUAGGGAGCAUAAAAGCUGUGCUAUCUUCUUGUUGCUGUUCAGCAGAAAUGAUGUCACAAAUAGAGCUGGCUGUGUUCGUUUUACAUAUUUAUUUUUUAAUUUUUGCGGCCCGUUGCUUGUUGACUGUAAGGCACAGAGGGAUUGUUGCAUUAUGGCUACUUCCUCUGACAGCUGGAAUGUGUAACAGUGCCACAGUUGGGGUUUCUACACUGCCAUCAGCUGCUUGUGCGUGCUUUGAUGUCACUGUUUUUCACCGCUUGAGCGCAGCACAAACGGCACAUCGAUACUGACUGAUCAACUUGAUUUAUUUGUGGCCUGUUGCCGUCUCAUUGGGUGAAACUUUGGCCAAUACAAUCCGUUAUUGUGUACGUAUUGCAGUUCAUUCCCUGGGGUUUUCCAGUGGCAGCUUUCAUUGUUUUUGCCACUUUCAAAUGUGUGUUUGUGUGUAUUGGAUUUAACGAUAAAAUAUAAAAGCUGGGACUUCAUCAAAGUUGGCUUCUUUUCUGAUUUCACACACAAUCUGGGGAUGUUGACUUGCCACCACAUCAUUGUUUUUAUUAAACCUGCCAGACAUUGACUCGUGCUCUUGAUCAUUUCAUAAUCUCCAGACAGAUUUUGGCGGAAUAAAGUGGGCCUUUGAGUCAGGGAUCCGCUGCUAAGAUGCAUUGUGGGAAUUGUCUGGCUGUUUUGCCCUCAGCUUUUCCACUUUUUCUUCCACUGUGCUGAGUUAUUAAAGUUCACAGACAGAUGGAAAGUUAAUCCACUCAGAUUACAGGUGGUUGUUCAGGUGAGAGGCCUUGAAGACAAAAGAUUUGGAUGGUGUUUGUACACAUUCAUUGUUUUGUUUCAUGUCUGUACUCAUAGGACAAAACAGCAAUAUGAACAUUCAUGCAGUAGUCAGUGUAGCAGGGAUAUGAUCAUGGACAGUAAGAAACACAUACUAUUUAUAUUAUUUAUAUAUAAAUAUUUAUUUAUGUUGUCUGUGUGACAGCACGUCUCUAUGCUAGCCAUAGAAAUCAGCUGAUACAGUAAACGACUGCUUUAUUUCACCUUAAAUUUCCUCUGAUCUGAUACUUCAAAAAAAGAAAAAAGUUACAUUUUUAAGCAAAGCACUUUUUUGCUCCCCAGAUUUAGAUUGUGGCAAUCAAUUUAUAGAAAGGUGACCUUUUUCCCCCCAUAGGAGCCAUUGUGUAAACCCAGGCAUGGCUUCAUGUGUUGUGUCAUUCCAUUCAUGAUUUCCAUGCCACAUCCAGCCACUCUCCGUCUCUCUGAAGAUGUUUUAUUUAAGCAAACCUUUUUGAAAGUUACUAUAUUAUACAUUUAUUAAGAGGCUGUUUAGGAAGACUAUUUUGAGUGUUCUUUAGUAUUUUUCUUAGAGGAAUAUUGAAAGUA